CCGCCGCGUCCCUCGUCGGAGCGGCCGCCCGCCCGGCCGGCUCGAGGCCCGGAGCGGCUGGUGCGCGGCGGCGACGCGGAGCGGGCAGGGCGGCGGCGGGAUGGCGCGGCCGCGGCCCCGCGAGUACAAGGCGGGCGACCUGGUGUUCGCCAAGAUGAAGGGCUACCCGCACUGGCCGGCCCGGAUCGAUGAACUCCCAGAGGGCGCUGUGAAACCUCCAGCCAACAAGUACCCCAUCUUCUUUUUUGGCACCCAUGAAACUGCAUUUCUAGGUCCCAAAGACCUUUUUCCUUAUAAGGAAUACAAAGACAAAUUUGGAAAGUCCAAUAAGCGGAAAGGUUUCAAUGAAGGAUUGUGGGAAAUAGAAAAUAACCCCGGAGUGAAGUUCACUGGAUACCAGGCAAUUCAGCAGCAGAGCUCUUCAGAGACCGAGGGGGAAGGUGGAAACACAGCAGAUGCAAGCAGUGAGGAAGAAGGCGACAGGGUGGAGGAGGACGGCAAAGGCAAGAGAAAGAACGAGAAGGCAGGCUCGAAGCGGAAAAAGUCAUAUGCGUCCAAGAAAUCCUCGAAACAAUCCCGGAAGUCUCCAGGGGAUGAAGAUGACAAGGACUGCAAAGAGGAGGGCAACAAAAGCAGCUCUGAGGGUGGCGAUGCAGGCAACGACACACGAAACACUGCUUCAGACUUGCAGAAAAGCAGCGAAGGGACCUAACUACUGUAAUGACUGCUGCGUGUUCAGAGAAACCACGGGAAAGUCCUUCGCUGGUUGUCUGACAUUCUUGGAUUUGAUAUGAACCGACACCUAGUCUUGUUAUCACCGACUGAACCCCAGUGCGUGUACGUUCUUCACAUUCCUUUCUGUUGUGUUUGGGAGAAAAAGACUUCUCCGCCUUUUCGAAGGUUCUCGAUUUAAUUCCAUGUUGUUUGGUUGCAUGAAGUUGCCCUUAACCACUAAGGAUUGUCAAGAUUUUUGCACAAACUCAUCCUCAUCUAGGGUCCCUUUGAUCGAGGCAGUAAUUAUGGCUCAUCAUUCUCCUGCCUUUCCUCCAGGGCCACCAAAAACUCAGUUCAGUAUAAAUUCGCAUUUGUUUAAUGACCACUCAACAUAAUGCUGAAGAGAUUUCCUCUCUGUGGCAGAGCCCAGGAACCAAUUCCUAGAUAUACAAUGCCGGCAUAUUGAAGAUGGAAGUAAAAAUUGCUCUUCAGUUUUGAGGCCAUGUGUAAAAGUUUAAUCAUGUUGUAAAAUAUCUAUUCCAUAUUAGAACUAGCUAGUUGACAGCUGAUACUUCUCCAGGUCCACGUUGUUAUGUAUGCAAACUCAGUUUCUGUAUGUGAGGUUAGUGAGUCUCUGUGUUACGUAAAAAUAAAGGCGAUGAUUUAUUUUUUCCCAAUGCCAAUUUGAGCUCGUCUCUCAAGGUAGGUACUUGACACGUGACAGUGGGGCAGCAGCAGCCCUGUGAGGAGCCGAGAGCACACGGAUUUCAAACCUAGACUGAAAAUGAACUCUUUGUUUUCCUUUGGAACUAGAAUUAGCAUAGUUACUAUUCAUCCACAAGCCAUGAUUAUGUGUACAUUAUUGUUGCUCUUGUGAUAAUAGAGAGUUUUAUUUAUUUUUAUGCCGGCUUCAAUCGUGAGACACACGUAGUCGGUUUGGGUUUUAUCGAUCCUGUUAUGCUUGUCCUUAGAGCCUCUUUCGCGUACUCGAGGUUUGUAGUUGAAAAGUUUACUGUAAAAAAAAAAUCAAAAAACAAAACAAAAAAAAUGUAUUGUUUUUACAAAAUAAAUUUAUUGGAAUGUGUA